GACAGGGAGGACGACGCAGCGGCGACAGGAGGAGGAAGAAUCGGAGCGCGCGACAGGAGGACACGGGAGCUCGGGAAGUCAGUGCCCCGCUGGUUCCCCGCACGCUAGCUAACCCCGCACCCUCCCGCUGAUCAAACCGACACAAAGGUGGAAAACAAUGGCGACUUUGGGGCCGGAGUCGGCUCGUGCUCCGCUGGGUCAGCUUGGUUCCUCUCCGUCGAUUCAGGCUCACAUAGGCAGCGCCAACCUGCCUCACAACCGGGGCUUGGAGCGGGCUCUGGAGGAGGCGGCGGCCAGCGGUGUCCUCAACCUCAGCUGUCGAAAACUGAAGGAGUUUCCCCGGACAUCCGCAAACCACGACCUGAGUGACACGGUGGAGGCAGAUCUAUCAAAGAACCGACUCGCCGACGUCCCCUCAGAGGUCUGCCACCUGGUUGCCUUGGAGACACUAAACCUUUAUCACAACUGCAUCAGGACCAUCCCAGAUAGCAUCAUCAGUCUGCAGUCACUCACGUCUUUAAACCUCAGUCGGAACCAGCUUGGCUCUUUGCCAGUCUGUCUGUGUGGUUUACCUCUCAGAGUCCUGAACGCCAGUAACAACAAGCUGGUGAGUCUGCCAGAGACCAUUGGACAGCUUCACAGCCUCAUGGAGCUGGACAUCAGCUGUAAUGAAAUCACAGCUCUGCCUCGACACAUCGGCAGACUGAAAGCUUUACGUGAACUAAACGUACGGCGAAAUCUUCUCUGCGUCCUGCCAGAAGACCUGGCUGACCUUCCUCUGGUGAAGUUUGAUUUCUCCUGCAACAAGGUGUCCACCAUUCCAGUGUGCUACAGAAAAAUGAAACAGCUUCAGUCACUCCAGUUGGAGAACAACCCGCUGCAGAGUCCACCUGCACAGAUCUGUAUAAAAGGUAAAGUUCACAUAUUCAAGUAUCUAAGCAUCGAGGCGAAGAUGCCUGACUCUUUGUACCUGCCAGCCAUGGAGCGCCCUGGCCUAACACGUCCCACCACGGGCAGUGUGGAGGACAUAGAGCAGCAGAAGAAACAGGACAGCGACUCAGGAGUCGGCAGCGACAACGGGGACAAGAGGCAUUCUGCCACUGAGCCAUCAGAUGAAGACAGCCUGAGUCUCAAUGCCCCGAUGAGCAACAUCACAGAGGAGGAAGGAAUCGGUAAAGACGACUCCAGCGAACACAUCAGCUCCCUGACAGCAGACCCAAACUCUGACUCGCUGCGUCUGAUUGAAGAGAGCCCAACGGAAGCCCUGAACGAACAGUACAGCUACAGAGACUCGGCUCUCAGCACUCGCUUCAUCAACUACAUCAAGGGUCGAACAGCAAGAGACUUUGAAGAACCCCUGAGGAUAGAGGAAGACCCACACUGGCAAACCCAUCAAACGUCCAAGGUCCUGAGAGGCACGGAGCUCCACAUCGACAUGAUCAACCAACUGCAGGAGGCUGUGGAGCUGCUGCAGGACCCCAGCAGAGUGAACACGGAGCAGGACGACCUGUCGGGAGUCCAGCUGUACCCAGUGGAGAUGGUCACAGUGGACGAGUCUUUAAACGGGCAGGACAGUGACGACAGCACCAUAGUAUCAAAGCAGCGCAUGGACGGAGGUGGCUAUGAGUUCCAGAAGAAGAGACAGAUGAUUCUAGAGAAGGCCCGCUUUCAGGCCCAGCUUGCAUACCGGCAGUAUGAAUGGCACAUGCCACUGAAGCGAGAUGACAGAUCUCCAGUCAGCGGACCUCCGUCCUACUCCAGUCCUCCGUUUGGACUGAAGCCUCGUUCAGCCCCACCCUCACUUCCGUGCUCACCCCCUACCUCCUGUCUAGACCCAUCCCUCCUCCCACAGGCCUCACUCCUACAUAGAGACACACAUCGUAGCCGUGGCGACGGAGGCAUGCGCAGCCAGGUAUUUCUGCGAACACACAAGAGUCUGGAGUCUGUGGACCCUCAGUUCACUAUGAGGCGGAAGAUGGAGCAGCUGCGAGAGGAGCUGGAGCUCAUGGAGCAGCUGAGAGAUCUCAUAGAAAGCAGACUGAAGGUGGUCCUUCCUGAAGACCUCAGCUCGUCUCUGAUGGAUGGCGUGGUGCUCUGCCAUCUGGCCAAUCACAUUCGCCCGCGCUCCGUCGCCAGCAUCCAUGUCCCCUCACCUGCAGUGCCCAAACUCAGCAUGGCCAAGUGUCGGAGGAAUGUGGAGAACUUCCUGGAUGCUUGCAAAAAGAUCGGUGUGUCAGAGUCUUCUCUCUGUUCACCCUACGACAUCACCCAGUGCCGUCUGCAGCCAGUCCACGGCACUGUUCGAGCAUUGGUCACCUUCGAUACUAGCACUGUAAACAGGAAGCAAGAUGAAGCAAUGUCGGCUAGCCCCGCCUCCUGCAGGUCAUCACAGACUCCCUCAGUGGUCUCUGUCACCACCCAAACCCCACCUCCUGCUUGGCAGGUCUGGGACAUCAUUGGAUCCAGCCUGGUUCAUAUCCUCUGCUUAGUUUUGCUGUUUGUGGCUUACAGUUGGAGCGAGCUGACGUAACCAUGGCAACAGCCCUUCAAGCCCCACCCUCUUUCUUCCCAGGCUCCUCCUCCCUAUUUAGUUGUGUUUGUGCCAUGUGGGACAAACGGCACACAAAGCCAAACCCUGCAUCAGUCGUAGUCCUUCUGCCCUUUUAACUUUGUGCUGGACGGUCCCGUCCAGGACCUCUCAGACACGCCGGCGCUGUCCUGCAGUACGUCUCUGACCCGAUGACUCUUUAGAUCCGAUCCAGUCACAGCUGUUUGUUCUCUGUCCCAUGUGACACAAAUGGACCCUCAGCAUGAACCUGCUGCUCUCCCCUCAACAUCUACUUUUGUUUGAUGCUUUGGAAACCGGGACAGAAACGUGUGGAGAUGCUGGUGCCUCCUCUACAGGAAGCUGGACGGAGAAGCUCUUCUGUCGGGGGUCUAAACCACAGACAGGGUUAGGUUGUGGUGCGUUUGUAAUGCUAGUGGAUGAUGUUUAUUUGGCUCAACUCUUCCAGCAACCGUAGGUCUCAUCGUGAAGAAACAAGUUGUAAUAAGUUUGGUAUUCUCAGACAUGUAAGCACUACAGGUAGUUCAUGAUUUUAGAAGUUUUUGGUUCAUAAACAAGAACUAAACCGAAAUAACAACCUUUAAAAUCACAGAAGCAACCGUUUGGAGAUAUCCCCACCCUCCAUCAUCAAGCUACAGGAUCAUUUAUGGGACAAAUGUGUUUUGGGGCCUUUAACUCUUUAUAUUCAGCUUGUGAUUUAAAAAGCACAGCAGAGAACAUGGUGUGAUGUGGGUGAGGCGAACCAGACGGUAAGGACACGCCCACCACAGCACAGCUGCACAAACACAUCUGGUCGUCCUCCAGUGUGUGAUCGGAAGCCAUAUUUAAUAAACUACAUUAUUCAAAGCUGCUGAACAUAUUUACUGUAAAUUUCUCUCAGUUUACGUUGUUUUAUGUGUUUCCUGACCUGUAGGACGAUGUCUGCAUUUAUCUGAUGCUGCUUCACACCAAUAUGCAAUAAGCCUGAUUUAGGAGAUCAUCUGAAGGGCUGCUCGGUCUGCAGUCGGUCCAGAUGAAUAUAUUAUUGUUUGUGUCGGGUUUUGGUGACAUGGGUGUGCUGCUGAGGUGUCUGCCUCUGCAGUGGGAGGAGUUCUCAGAAACUGAAUGAAACCUUAAUUAGCUUCUGUGUGCACGUGGGAUUCAGGCUUUGGCGUAACAAACUCCCAACACCUUCAGCCCCCUGGAGCUUUUGUGAUUUACUGUAUUUCGCUGCUGUUUAAGACACUGUGUCCUCAUGUGGAUGAAAGUAAAGUUGGACCCGGAGGAUCGGCUCAGCACAUGAAGGUUCUGGUGGAUCUGAGUGGGACUCGUGAAACCUGACAACGUCCAGCUGCUGUGUAGAAUUAGACUUGAUUAGAACUUUAAGCGGGCUAGAAGUACACAUUUAAUUUAGUUUCAUGCUUAAAAGUGCAUUGAGUGGAUCUGACUGUCCUGGAAACUGGUAUAAAGUCGUGUUUAAACCCUG